CCAGAGACAUUGGAUUUUAGUUACCGGGGGGAGAACGUACAUUGGUGCACUCAUACAGGAAGUGAAUUGAAAUCGUGCUCAAAGCGUUUAACCGGGCAAUGUGUUGCUAGUUGGCAAGCAGUGUUUACACAGAUGUAAACAAGAAAAAAACUUUACACCAUCUAGUUGUUUCCUGGCAGUCAUUAUGGCGAAACAACCACUUUCAAAAAAGGUUGCAGCACCAUCUGUAUCUCAGAUAAAUGCAGAAUAUGUCACGCAGUUGGCCAAUAAAUAUUGGGCUCCCCAUGUUAAGAACAAACUACCCUUUGACCCCAAGGUGCUGGAAGAUGUUUAUGAAAAGGAGAUUCUCAGUUCAAAAUUUGCCAUUAGGAAAAUCAUGCUUCUGGAGUUCAGUCAGUAUCUUGAGAACUACUUGUGGGUUAACUACACACCCAAGCGAUCCAGCAACGCCUUUCUGAUGUCCAUCAGUUGCAUUGUGAAUGAGAAAUUCAGAGAAAAUGUCCCUGCUUGGGAGCCGUUCAAGAAGAACCCGGGUCACUUCCCCUUCUUCUUCAAGUGUGUGAUGGAGGCGGUGCUGGCGGACGAGAAGGCGGGGCUAACGCUGAGGGAACAGACAGUGCUUCUGGUCUUCCUGGAUCACUGCUUCAACAGUCUGGAGGUAGAUUUGAUCAGAGAGCAGGUGCAGCAGCUCAUUUCUCUGCCCAUGUGGAUGGGUCUCAUACCAUCGAGACUGCAGCACGAGCUGAAGAAAGUCCCGAAGCUACAGAAGUUCUGGAAUCUGAUCAAGAGGAAAUACGAUAAGAUGGAUGCGGACGCAGCAGAGCAGGCCAAGAAGGAACAAACCUUCCUCUCGGCACUGAUCGACAAAUUCCUCGGCGUACUUGGAUCCAUUCCUCCGUCAGGUCCGGUGUCAAUGGACAAGGUGCACUACUGUGAGAGAUUCGUUGAGCUCAUGAUCGACCUGGAGGCCCUGCUUCCAACCAGGCGCUGGUUCAACACUGUGCUGGACAACUCCCACCUAGUGGUCAGCUGUCACCUGUCCAACCUAAUCCAGAGGGAGAAGGAGGGUCACCUCUUCUCUCAGUUGCUGGACAUGCUGAAGUUCUACACAGGCUUCGAGAUCAAUGACCAGACAGGAAACGCGCUGACGCAGAAAGAGAUGACCACUUUGCACUAUGAUAGAAUCACUUCCCUUCAGAGAGCAGCCUUCGCCCAUUUCCCCGAGCUCCUGGACUUUGCCCUGUCCAACGUGGCAUCGGUGGACACCCGAGAGUCUCUGACCAAACAGUUUGGACGGCUCAGUCCCGACACCCUCCACCGGGUGGCCUCGUACCUGUGUCUGCUGCCAGAGCUGCCAGAAGGGCAGGGCACCACCUUUGAGAUGACUGUUCUCCUUGAGCUGCUGGUCUCUCGGCAUGAGCGCAGGAUAUCUCAGAUCGAGCAGCUCAACCAGAUGCCUCUUUAUCCAACGGAGAAGAUAAUCUGGGAUGAGAACAUCGUCCCCACUGAGUACUACUCAGGCGAAGGUUGUCUCGCUCUGCCCAAGUUGAACCUCCAGUUCCUGACCCUCCACGACUACCUGCUGAGGAACUUCAACCUCUUCCGCCUGGAGUCCACCUACGAGAUCCGGCAGGACAUCGAGGAUGUGGUGGCGCGCAUGAAGCCAUGGCAGUCUGAGUACGGGAGCACAGUGUUCGGGGGCUGGGCCAGGAUGGCCCAGAACAUCACCGCCUUCUCCAUCGUGGAGGUGGCCAAGCCCAACAUCGGGGAGAACUGGCCCGCCCGUGUGCGCGCCGACGUCACCAUCAACCUCAACGUCCGAGACCACAUCAAGCACGAAUGGGAAGGGCUGCGCAAGCACGACGUUUGCUUUCUGGUCACGGUGCGUCCCAACCUGCCCUACGGCACCCGCUUCGACCGGCGCCAGCCCUUCGUGGAGCAGACGGGCCUGGUGUACGUGAGGGGCUGCGAGGUGCAGGGCAUGCUGGACGACAAAGGGCGCGUCAUCGAGGAAGGCCCUGAUCCAAAGCCCAAGCUGCGGGGCGACUCCAGAACCUACCGAGUGUGGCUGGACCCCAACCAGUACCAGCAGGACAUGACCGGCAGCAUCCAGAACCGCACCGAGGACCCCUACGAGUCCUUCAACGUCAUCAUGAGACGCAAACCCAAAGAGAACAACUUCAAGGCUGUGCUGGAGACAAUCAGGAACCUGAUGAACACAGAGUGUGUGGUGCCCGACUGGCUCCAUGACAUCAUCCUGGGCUACGGCGACCCUGGGAGUGCCCACUACUCCAAAAUGCCCAAUCAGAUCUCCUCCCUUGACUUCAACGACACCUUCCUGUCCCUGGACCACCUGCGCUCCUGUUUCCCUGGUUACACGGUGACGGUUGCCGAGGACAACCCCGAGCUGCAGGUGCCCCCCUUCAGAAUCAAGUUCCCUGUUCCCAACAAGGAGGACAAAGGCAAAAAGAGGAGGGCGGACGGGGAAGAGGAGGAAUCGCCCGCCGACAAGACACUGGUGGUCGUGCCCCACGUGCCCCUCAACCGGGGUCCCUAUCCUUACAACCAGCCCAAACGGAACACCAUUCAAUUCACUCCCACUCAGAUAGAAGCAAUCCGAGCUGGAAUGCAGCCAGGAUUAACCAUGGUCGUGGGUCCACCCGGCACAGGAAAGACUGACGUUGCGGUCCAGAUCAUCUCCAACCUCUACCACAACUUCCCUGAACAGAGGACGCUCAUCGUCACACACUCUAACCAGGCGCUGAACCAGCUGUUUGAGAAGAUCAUAGCACUGGACAUCGACGAGCGUCACCUCCUGCGUAUGGGUCACGGAGAGGAGGCGCUAGAGACGGAGAAGGACUUCAGCAGGUAUGGCAGGGUGAACUACGUCCUGGCGAGAAGACUGGAGCUGCUCGGGGAGGUGGGAAGGCUGCAGGAGAGCCUGGGUGUGCCGGGAGAUGUCUCCUACACAUGUGAGACCGCUGGACACUUCUACCUCUACCAGGUGAUCUCUCGCUGGGAGCAGUACAUGAGCAAGGUCCGGCCAAAGCAGGGCAAGCAGGUGGAGGCCGAGGCGGUGGCCGCCCACUUCCCCUUCCACGAGUACUUCUCCAACGCCCCGCAGCCGGUGUUCACGGGCCGCACGUAUGAGGAGGACAUGGACAUCGCCGAGGGCUGCUACCGCCACAUCAAGAAGAUCUUCACUCAGCUGGAGGAGUUCAGGGCCUUUGAGCUGCUGAGGAGCGGUUUGGACCGCUCCAAGUAUCUGCUUGUGAAGGAGGCCAAAAUCAUCGCCAUGACCUGCACGCACGCCGCCCUGAAGCGCCAUGACCUGGUGGAGCUGGGCUUCAAGUACGACAACAUCCUGAUGGAAGAAUCGGCUCAGAUUCUGGAGAUCGAGACCUUCAUCCCUCUCCUCCUACAGAACCCAGCGGACGGCUACAGCCGGCUGAAGCGGUGGAUCAUGAUCGGGGACCACCACCAGCUGCCCCCCGUCAUCAAGAACAUGGCCUUCCAGAAGUACUCCAACAUGGAGCAGUCCCUCUUCACCCGCUUUGUCCGCCUGGGGGUGCCCACCGUGGACCUGGACGCCCAGGGCCGUGCUCGCGCCAGCCUGUGUAAACUGUACAACUGGCGCUACAAGCAGCUGGGGAACCUGCCCCACGUCCAGCAGCUGCCCCAGUUCCAGGUGCCCAACCCCGGCCUCACCUACGACUUCCAGCUGGUCAACGUGGAGGACUUCAACGGAGUGGGAGAGUCUGAGCCCAACCCCUACUUCUAUCAGAACCUGGCAGAGGCAGAGUACACGGUGGCCCUCUUCAUGUACAUGCGCCUGCUGGGCUACCCCGCCGACCGCAUCAGCGUGCUCACCACCUACAACGGGCAGAAGCACCUGAUCAGGGACGUCAUCAACCAGCGCUGUGCCGGUAACCCCUUCUUCGGUCAGCCCAACAAGGUGACAACGGUGGACAGAUUCCAGGGUCAGCAGAACGACUACAUCAUCCUCUCACUGGUCCGCACCAAAGCUGUAGGACACCUAAGGGACGUGAGGCGUCUGGUGGUGGCCAUGUCCCGAGCCAGACUGGGCCUCUAUGUCUUCGGCCGGGUCGCCCUGUUCCAGAACUGCUUUGAGCUCACCCCCGCCUUCAACCAGCUGACCGCCCGCCCGCUGCAGCUGCACAUCCGACCGCACGAAUACUACAACCAGGAGCAGCCUAGAGAGGCGUCGAAGCAGCCUGACCACGUCGUGAAGGACAUGCCAGAGAUGGCCAACCUGGCGUACACCAUGUACAUGAGGAUGAUGCAGCAGCAGCAGAGACAGCAACAGCAAAGGCUAGCUCUGCCCCCUAAGCAGACCCUGAAGGAGGCUCCCGUCGUCCAGACCGAGGAGCCCAGCUCUAUGGAACAGGACGAGGAGGAGGAGAAGAAGGAGGAGGAGGACAAGGAGAAGGAGGGGGACAAGGAGAAGGAGGGGGACAAGGAGAAGGAGGGGGACAAGGAGACCCCCAUGGAGCAGGGGCAUGCAGAGGAGGCUGCGAGCGCUGAGCCAAAACCAGCAGAGGCUGCGGCCGAAGACAAAGAGGAGAGCCAGAAACCAGAGGAGCGUCCCAAGAUGCCGGAGCACCCCGGCCGGGACAGCGACAGCGACGGGGAGGAGAGUGGAGAGGAGCAGGAGCAGGGGCCAUAGAGAGCGCUUUCUCUCUCGGCUCCUCGGUUUUUCUUAUCCGAAACUGAUUUUGUAAACCUUAUGUCUUUUUUGUUUUUGAAUAAAAUGCAAUGUUUUUUCACACACGGCAAAGCCUCUUACAUUUUUAUUAAGUCAUUUCUUCUUUCCUCUUCCCUUACUCUUUCAGAUUUAUUUUCAGACGUAUUAUUUACGUAAUCAUUGUCUUCUAAGGAUUUCCGUAAAAACUCCCCGGUCAUGAUUAUCCAGGCCAUUCAUCCACCUCCUGCCCCCCUCGUUAAGCACAUCUGGAGUCUGACAAUCUGAUUGGCUGGUGUCUGCAGCCCGCGGGACCAGCCUCGGCUAAGCUGCCUUUAUAGGUCAGUCAGCCAACCCUGGGGCCGUCAUACCGCUGAAGGAUUUGAACUGGCACACUAAGAUGUACAGUCGUCUCUCUCUUUUAGACAUAUUCAUAUCUUCACAUACUGACUUGGCUGUGGUGUACUUGAACCCAAGUGACGGUGAAAACUGGCUUCAGAGUACCACGAUGGUUUGAUCAAGCAUAGUGGAAAAAAUGCAUUUAAUUAUUUAAAUAAGAAGAAGAAAUCCAGCAUGGACGUUUUUUAUUGCACCAACCUUUUACGUAACAUUACUCGGUUCACAGCACAUGGCCUUCUAGGCAUUUCUCUGCAUAUGUCCUCCGUCUGCAGGCUGCCACACAGACUUUUAACUCUGGUUGUAGUCAUGCACCAGAGGUCAGCUUGUUCCAGUGUACCUCAGGCGGCUUCAUCCACUGCUCCCCAGCACGUCCGGUAUGAGUAGGCCAGCCGUGCAGCGCCUUGGCUGGCUGCUGGUCGCUGCUGGUCCACGGGCUAAAACUGGUUCUGGUUGUUGUGGUACAGACCUACAGUGGAUGGUAUGUUUAAGGAUCUCAUUUCUGGGGGGGAAAUUUCGGAAGGCUCGUGUAUCAAUUGCAUGGGAGUCAGGGAGGGUAGUCUAGUUUAGGGUGUUGACUUCUGGGUUCAAACCCCUAUGUCCCCAGUAGGCAUCCUUCAGCAAGAUGCUUAAACACAGAUCUCCACAAUUUUGGCAUUGUAUCGAAUCAAAAUUACCAUAAUUUGCUUCAGAUACAAGUCUCAUAAAUAGAUUGUCUAUCAUGCUUUUCCUUAACAAUAAACUCCAAGUAAACAAUUGAUAUUAUUGACACAGUUCUUGAUUUGCAUAAUUGAUGAUCAUUUGUACAGUGUGUUCAGAUCAGGAGUAGGCUAGGCUGACGAAGAAGCUUCUGCGUUCCGAUAACACACGAGUUCUGCUAUUUCCACAAACCCAUGACACGCUUUCACUGCAGUCACACAAACGGUCACGUUGUGUAAUAUCAUUUGUGUGGUAUGCUUGCUGACAAAUUGCUAAAUGCCUCUUUCCUUACAGCUUGGCCUCUCAGGAAUCCAGCCCUCUGUGGUACCUUGUUGUUGUGCGUGUGAAUAGGGGGCUGGAACUGGUCGGGUAGUGGCGAAGCCGGACAAUCUGUGAGCCACCGUGUAGGACACUUUGGAACCGAAGGGAAAUCUGUCCAGACGGGAGAGAAGAAUCGCUGCUCACUUUCUUGGGGAAACUUUCCAGCGCUGAAGGUGAACAUGUCUUUUUUAAUCCCACGGCAGACUAGGAUGGCCAGUUGUGGGUCGUGUUUCUGGAGCAUCAUGUGGCUGGUGAUCCUGCUGAUAAUCGGCUGGCCCAUCAGCAUCACCCUGGGCGGUCUCUACGGCCUGUUCAGCCCCCUCACCACCUGCGUGGGCCUGGACCGGCUGUCCGACUUGCUCCUGGAGGGGGCCAACGUGGGCCGGAGAUGUGCCCAGAACAUGAGACACGGCAAGCCCCUGUGUUGAGGACAACCAGUCUCCCUUGGCCCUGGAGCCCACAAAAAUUAUUUGUCCGUUUUUUUGUGAACAUGUUCAGUAAUGGAUUUUGUAGAUUUUCUAAUCUUUCUUUUCUGUUCAUUUUUUUUUUUUACAAAAUGUCCAGAAGGUCUCCAUGAAGUGGAGUACUAUUGUCUAUAAUGAACCAUGGAUAUCGAAUUUGUUUUGGGGUUGUCUGGAAUCAAAUAGACUGUGUUUUGCUAUUCAAUUCAGGAUGACACUGCCUCAGAAAGAUAAGAAAUGGAAAUGGCGGUUUAACAAUCAAAAUGCUUAGAGUCGUAAAAAAUACUUAUAAUGCGAUUAAAACGCUGCUUUGAACUUG